AUUAUUAAAAACUGCUUACUGCAUUUGGAUUCCUCCUUGCCUCCUCAACGUUACAGGUGAUUGGUUUUUGUUUUAGUUGGGCUUGUGGUCACCACCAUCCUUCUCGCAUUAGCUGUUCUUUUCAGAGGAAGGUUCACUUGCUAUUAAGAAGAAGGAAAUGGACAGAUGCUGUGCUAAGUGGGACAUCAACGAAAUCAAGGAGGAGCUCAAUACAGCCCUGAAGUCCUUACAAGAUAAACUUCAACACAAUGAAAACAUUAAAGGGAAGUUUGAGAAAACAGUUAAACACAUCAAGUCUCAAGCUGAGCACACAGAGCGUCAGAUUAAACAUCAGUUUGAGAAGCUUCAUCAGUUCCUCAGAGAUGAAGAAGAAGCUACAAUCACUGCACUGAGGGAGGAAGAGGAGCAGAAGAAGCAGAUGAUGAAGGAGAAGCUGGAGGAGAUGAACGCACACAUCUCAGAUCUUUCAAACGCAAUCAACGACAUGGAGGAGAUGAUGAAAGCCAAUGACGUCUGCUUUCUGAAGAAAUUUCCAGUCUCAAUGGAAAGAUUCCAGAUCUCACAGCCGGAUCCUUACUGGAUUCUGGAUUCUGGAUCUUUGCUUCAUGUGUCACCAUUCUUGAGCAAUCUGCCGUUCAGAGUCUGGAAGAAGAUGCAGGACAUCAUCCAAUACACGCCGGUGAUUCUGGAUCCAAACUCGGCUCAUCCACGUCUUGUCCUGUCUGAUGAUCUGACCAGUGUGGCAUACAGCUGGAACGAACAACCUCUUCCUGAUAAUCCAGAGAGGUUUGAUGAGUAUUACUGUGUUCUGGGUUCAGAGGGUUUUAGCUCAGGAACACACUGCUGGGAUGUGGAGGUUAAAGAGAGUGAAUGCUGGAGUCUUGGAGUAACUACAGCAUCAAACCAGAGGAAAGGAUGUGAUUUCUUGAACACUGAUGUCUGGUGUGUGGAGUAUGAUCCGUACAGACUGUAUGUGUCUGGGUUUGGUUUUCGUGUUGAACAGGAUCUUGAGCGUGUGAGAGUUUAUCUAGACUAUGACAGUGGAACGGUGUCAUUCUGUGAUCCUGUAACUAACACACAUCUACACACAUUCACAACCACCUUCACUGACACACUCUUUCCAUUCUUUUGCAAUCUUGAUGAAAUGAAAUGCCUAAGUAUCUUACCAGUUAAACUGUAACAACAGAAAAUCACUGAAACAUAAUCUGAUCCUGCCAAUUAAUGACUUGUGCCAUCUUUAGCAUGUGAAAGUCUGGAUUUCACGAAUUCAGAAACAGACGGUAAAAGCAGCAACGGAAACAUUUACAUUAAAGAGUUAAGGGUCAAGAGUGCAUUUUAUUUAAAUUAGGAUAUUUACUUUAA